AAUAGAAGGUAAAACGAGGCCACUUGUGACAUUUGAGGUGUUAAAAAAGAACAGAUUCAGACAGGAAGCCGUGGCCUCUAGUCUCUAGGUAGACCUUGGGUGUGAUACCGUCCCCCCAAACCAGUCAGUCAGUGUUUGUAUCACAUCCGAGCGACAUGGAGAUAACAACACUCUGCGCUGUUGUUGCUGCUCUCAGAGUCGUUCCCAACAGGUCCCAGUUCUUCCAGUACGAGGAAAUCUCUCUGAGCUGUCAGCAGCAGGGAAACUCUUCUGAGUGGACGGUUAAGAGGAACACAUCUCGAAAGAUAAACCAAGACUGUUUCACAUCCUGGGGUACAGUGAAUGAAUCCAUCUGUGUCACCAAUACCCUUUAUCCAGCAGACAGUGGAGUUUACUGGUGUGAAUCUGCAGCAGGAGAGUGCAGCGACCCCAUCAACAUCACUGUGACCAGUGGACUUGUGAUCCUGGAGAGUCCAGCUCUUCCUGUGAUGGAGGGAGAAGACGUGACUCUGCGCUGUACAAGCAGGAUGAAAUCCUCCUCCACUCUCAUGACUGAUUUCUAUAAAGAUGGACGUCUCUUCUGGAGCAGCUGUACAGGAAACAUGACCAUCUACAGUGUUUCUAAAUCUGAUGAAGGAGUCUACGAGUGUAACAUCUCGGGAGCCGGACAAUCACCAGACAGCAGGCUCACCAUCAAAGAAAAGCGUCCUGAUCUGCCAAACUCUCCGCUCGAGUUCGACAUUCUACUUCCUGUGGUGGUCGUGUCCCUCUCGCUGCUCUUGCUGGUUUCGGUGUUGCUCUUCUGCCUAUGGAGGAACCACAAAGAUAAAGACAACCCUGAGGUCUCGUAUGUUGAUGUCGUCGUUGUACAGGAUGUGCAACCAAAGAGAAUCAGAGAUCGAAGCGCUGCACCGACCUUCUACACAAAAGUCAAAGCUGGAAACACCUGACAGGAAACAGCACCAGUCUGGACUUUAUGGAUUAAAACAGAAUAAAUGUUCCUUGUACUUUUCACAGAAACCAAACUGGAGAAAAAACAUGAACUAAACUUCAUCAGCGAGGAGGAAAGCUCUGAACUCCCACACAACUAAACGUUUCAUUGAAACUGGUCUGCGGAAACCACAGACUGCAACUAUCCAGUGUACAUAUCUCCAAUACCAGCGUGGAGUAUCUGUCCAUUAAUUGAACUAUUUAAAUGACGUGUUUGUCAUCUCAGACAUUUACUAUUAACAUGUUGUCAUAUGACAUAUUUUUGACUCCGUCAUGAGGUAUGUAAUGUGUAUUUAUAGCUGAUGAAACAGGUAUUUCCUCAUUCCACCUCUGCUUGAAAUCAGCCACAGGGAACGUCUUCAUCGUCAAUGUUUCCACACUGAUUACACUCUUACGUUCCUGAGACUCCCGUCCACUUGAGGCUGGUCCAUGAUUCUGCUGAUUUUUAGAUUAGCCGGGAGGCAGUGUAGAUAAAACAUGACAUCUAUUUUUAGUGUGCUAAUUUGAUAAUUCAUUGGCAGAACUGUUGAAGGUUUUUAUGAGUCUGCUUAAUUACCAGGGUUUCCCUGUGUAGUUCCUUUCCUUGUUCUUUUGCCUGCCACUUUCUGUUCUGUGUAUCGCUGGGCGUGGCCUGAACCCUGGAACAUAUCUAUGAAAAGUGUCCGAAAAUAACUUCUGUUAUGAUGUGGUGCUAUAUAAACACAACUAAAUGAAAUGGAAAAUAAACUUCAACAUUU